CUGGCCGAACAGUCGCCCUAGUCGACGUCUCGGAUCAGGUAGCUGUGGUCGAAUGAUUAGAUUCGCACAUCUCGCGUGUCUAUCGUUCUCGUUGUUGCUUGCCGGGCUGCCACCAACGACAGGAAGAACGGCAGUAUCGAAGAUGAUCGCGCUUGAUUUCGAAGUGUUCGGCAUCGUGCAAGGUGUAUUCUUCAGGAAGUAUACUCAAAAGCGCGGCCAAGAAUUAAGUCUGACAGGAUGGUGCAUGAACACCCCAAACGGCACCGUCCUCGGCCACCUUCAGGGAGAGAAAAAACAAGUGGAGGAGAUGAAACAAUGGCUACGUCACACCGGUAGUCCGCAGUCACGAAUCGACAAAGUGGAGUUCCGCAAUGAGAAGGAGAUCUCGAAACAGUCGUUCUCAAAAUUCGAAAUACGAAAGUAGAAACGAUGUCUCAUGGAUGUAAAAAUCAUCUGCUAAUCAUCAAAGUGGAAACAAUUCAGUUAUCGCUCGUGUGGUACACAUAUAAGGUCGUUAUUUAAAUAAAUAUAACAAUGUACAAAAUUUACAACUGA